AUGAUACCAAAAGAAUUAGAUUACUACAAACAAUACCAAAAGAAUCUAACUGCAGGUGAAACCAAAGCAAAAGAGAGCAUUCCUAAAUCAUUAUACCUUAUGAGCAUUGGAACAAAUAAUUUCCUAGAGAAUUACUAUACCAUGCCUGGAAUUGCGGAGAAUUUCAUAAGGAGUCUCUAUGGUCUUGGUGCUAGGAAGAUUUCCCUAGGAGGGUUACCUCCCAUGGGAUGCUUGCCAUUGGAGAGAACUACAAAUUUUAUGGGUCAGAAUGGUUGUGUUGCAAACUACAAUAACAUAGCACUUGAAUUCAAUGGUUUGAAUCAGACUCAGUGGCAUGUUGUGCCUACUGGAAUGUUCGAGAUGGGUUAUGCAUGCAGUAGGGGCGGCAUGUUCAGUUGUUCUGAUGCUUCCAAAUUCGUGUUUUGGGACUCUUUUCAUCCCACAGAGAAAACAAAUAUUAUUGUUGCAAAGUAUGUGGUGGAGCAUGUGCUAGCACAGCUUUUAGAAUAAAUAGUAUUACUUGUGGAAAUUUAUGUAUUAUAAUUGUAAUCUCACCAGUUUUAGAUGUUCACCAAUAUGGUUUUCUGUGAUGAUAUAUGUGUGUAAGAAUGUUAAUACAGCACAUCCAUUAUAAAAUGUGUUGAUGUUUAGAAUAAUUAGUCAUUUUGUAUGGACUAAUAUAUAGGUCUCCUUUGUGUAUUCAUCUUCAUAUAUAUGUUCUAUAUAAAUAG